GGAUUCAAUUUAAUUUGUUUUCUGGUUAUCCAAAACAAAGCAUCUUUUCUCACUUUCUCGGAAAAUCCACCCACAAUCGACGAAGCAAAAGCAAAGUCUUCUCAACCACAAAAGAAAACACAUUCAAUGCAACUGAUAGAAUAGCAGAAAAUUCACAGAAAAAAAAAAAGACAAUUUAAAUCCAAUUAGAAUCUCGAUUUCUGAGCAACCGGAUUCAUCAUUUACUCCGCCGGCGUUUUAAUUUUCUCGGAUUCUCCGCUAGAAACUUCCUAAUCUGCUGGAAAAUUACAAACCUUUCUAAUUUCUACAUCUUGUAUAUGGUCAGGACAGUGAAACGAAAAGGUUUUGUCUUAAGAGUUUUGAUGAAAUGAGUUUGGUCGGAAGAUUUGGGAGUUUGAUUUCACAAGGCGUGUACUCCGUCGCCACACCCUUUCAUCCCUUUGGUGGUGCGAUCGAUGUGAUCGUUGUUCAACAAGAGGACGGCUCCUUCAGGAGCACUCCCUGGUACGUUAGGUUCGGUAAGUUCCAAGGAGUUCUCAAAGGAGCAGAGAAAUUUGUGAAGAUCUCUGUGAAUGGCACUGAAGCUGAUUUCCACAUGUAUCUUGAUAACUCUGGUGAAGCGUAUUUCAUCAGAGAGGUUGAUCCUACAGCAGCUAAUAAUGACACAGAGAAUAAUAAUAAUAACAAUGAGAACAAUGGUUUAAGGCUUGAGCAUAGUUUAUCUGACGCUGGUGCUGAGGGAUUACGAGAAGGUUUCAACUCUUUGAGUCGGCUUGAUAGGACGGAGUCUGAUUGUAAUAGAAGGUAUUAUGAUUUUCAGGAUGAUGAUCCGCCUUCUCCUACCUCUGAGUAUGGGAGUGCUAGGUUUGAUAAUCUUAAUGUGGAGAGUUUUGGGGAGUCUCAGGGAUUGGAUUCUGAAGUGGUUUUGGUGAGUGUUGAUGGACGUAUACUAACAGCUCCUGUCUCGGCGGCUGAGCAGGAGGCUGAGAAUUUGAGGUUGAAUACUCCUCAGUUUCAUUUGGCUCCUGGUGAUGGGACUGAGUUUUGUGAAGGGAAUACUGAGUUUGCUUCGUCGGAGACUUCUUGGGAUGCUGAGUUUAUCAGCAAAGCAGAGUCAUCUGAGAAAGUAGAAAGUGUGAGCGUUGAGCGUAAUGAGUUAGAUUCCCAUUCUCGUGAUGUUGCCGUAAAAGAUACUCAUGAUGCUGAAAGCGAUAUUGUUGGAAGCUGUUUGGAGCAGCCUGAGCUGUCACAACCUGAUGAGAAUGUGAAGUCCGAGGAGCUUCUACUUACUACCAUCACAGAAGAUGUUAGAGGUGAAGAUGAAGUGGGUAUUGAAACAGUAAACACUCCUGUUGAUGGUUCUGAAUCUUCUACAAUCCAACUAACAACAGAAGAAGUGACAAUAGCUGAGGAAUCCAGGAUAUCUAUUGAUGCUAAUACGGAGUCAGAAUGUAACGAUGAACAGACAAGAACUUCUGCAGAAACUGACGUCUUGAUUGACAACCAGGAAAGUGGGGUUAUAAUAGAGUCAGAAGCUUCUGAGAGAGUCUCUAUAGAUUCAACGAGGGAGGAAGAUGAGCAACUAACUCCAUCUAAACCAACUGAGGAGGAUAGCGAGAACAGGAACACUGUAGAUUCAGUGGCUACGACUUCUAGUGUGGACAUAGAGAAACUCGACACAGAACUGAAGUAUGAGCUAUCACUUUGCAAGGAUGAGCUUCGUCAAGGCAUGGGACUUAUCGCAGCUUCUGAAGUCUUCAAUACACACCGGAUCUCUAUGGAAGAAUAUAAAAUUUCUGCAACAUCAAUUCUCGAAAGUGAAAAUCUAGUUGUUAGGAUUAGAGAAACGUACAUGCCAUGGAAGAAAGCUGCUCGAAUAGUGCUUGGAAAAGCUGUGUUCGAUCUAGACUUAGAUAUUCAGCCAGAUGAUGUGAUAUCCGUGGAGGAAAAUGAAUCUACGAAGUCCAAGGAUGAUGAAGCUGCAGUAACUCCUUCUUCAUCUGGAAGAAGAUGGAGACUCUGGCCUAUUCCUUUUAGAAGGGUUAAAACAAUAGAGCAUACGAGUAGUAACUCCUCGAGUGAAGAAGAUCUGUUUGUUGAUUCUGAACCUGGCUUACAGAACUCACCGGAGGUACUAUCAGCCGCAGAGAGCCGUCAUGAGUCUCCGCGUAGACAACUUGUGAGAACCAAUGUCCCUACCAAUGAACAGAUCGCGUCUCUGAAUUUAAAAGAUGGUCAGAAUAUGAUAACGUUUAGUUUCUCCACGAGAGUUCUUGGAACACAACAGGUCGAUGCACAUAUUUACCGAUGGAGAUGGGACACCAAGAUAGUAAUUUCAGAUGUUGAUGGAACUAUAACUAAGUCUGAUGUGCUAGGUCAGUUCAUGCCUUUGGUUGGAAAGGACUGGACACAGUCUGGUGUGGCUAAGCUUUUUUCAGCCAUUAAGGAGAAUGGAUACCAGCUGCUGUUUCUGAGCGCUCGUGCCAUUGUUCAGGCAUAUCUAACAAGAAAUUUCUUAAAUAAUCUAAAGCAGGACGGAAAAGCUCUGCCGACCGGUCCUGUAGUCAUUUCACCUGAUGGGCUUUUUCCAGCGUUGUACCGUGAAGUGAUAAGAAGAGCACCACACGAAUUCAAAAUCGCAUGUUUGGAGGAUAUCAGGAAACUCUUCCCAAAGGAUUACAACCCGUUCUACGCUGGAUUUGGGAAUAGAGACACUGAUGAGCUGAGUUACAGGAAACUGGGAAUCCCCAAGGGAAAGAUAUUCAUAAUCAACCCAAAGGGAGAGGUAGCAACAGGACAUCGAAUAGAUAUUAAGAAGUCUUACACAUCACUUCAUACUCUUGUCAACGACAUGUUUCCUCCAACUUCGCUUGUUGAGCAGGAAGAUUAUAACCCAUGGAACUUCUGGAAACUACCAGUAGAAGAAGUUGACUGA